GGUUGAGUCAAAUGGGCAUAUCUCAUGUGUAUCCGAUCGAUGCCUUGCGCACUCCCCUCCACUGCGCACUGGCACUGCUAAUAUUUUCUCCAAGAUUUUCAAACCCAAAAACUCCAAUUGUCCCGCGCAUCAAUUUGACGAUCGGGGUUUAUUGUCAGAACAGGGAGCCCUGAUUUAAUGGAGACUGAAGAAGGCGAGACUAAUGGCACAGCAGUUGAGGGGGGCUUGAUUCUACGGCCCGUGGCUCCGGCUGAGUCCGGUGAAGGAUUGCCGUAUGCCCCGGAAAAUUGGCCGAAUCCCGGCGAUAUCUGGGGUUGGAAAGCCGGUAAGAGAAUUCACCCCGCCGGUUACUUCAGGGACAGGUACCUGUAUCUUCCAGCUCAUCUAAGGCGCUCCGAUAUCCCAGGCUCGAGCAGCAAGCGCAGACGUUUUUUUGCCAGCAAGCAGUCCGUUGAACGCUACAUCCAAGAAUCUUUUCCAGACACUGAUCUUAAUGCGUUCUUUGCUUCUUUCAGCUGGAAGGUUCCUGCCACUGAGUCUGCCUGUAGAAAGGAGCAACAUUCUAUAGCUGCAGAAGAUAUAGAAGUAGCAGAAGAUUCAUCAUCUGAUUGCCAGUCUGAUAUUGCUGUAUGUCAAGCUAGAAACAAGAAUUGUGACAGCCUGACAUCAGAAGUAGAAAAAGCACAAUAUUCACCCGACUUGCCUUGUGAUCUUUUCUGUAAUAAACCUGGUUUUUGCCAUGAUUGUUGCUGCAUUCUUUGUUGCAAAACUGUUGAUUCAACAUAUGGAGGCUACAGUUACAUCAAGUGUCAAGCGAAGGUUGGUGACUAUGUAUGUGGGCAUAUUGCUCAUAUAUAUUGUGCUAUUCGAUGUUACAUGGCUGGAACAGUUGGAGGAAGUAUUGGGCUGGAUGUUGAGUACCUAUGCCGGCACUGUGAUGCAAGGACUGAUCUAAUUUCUCAUGCUACUGAGCUUCUACAAAAAUGCAAAACUAUUGAUUCUAGAGAUGACAUUGAAAAGAUCUUAAAUCUUGGUGCAAGUAUCUUGCGUGGUUCCAAGAGAACGAUUGCAAAGGAGCUGCUAAAUCGUAUAGAAUUGGCCAUCUCAAAGCUUCACUGUGGGACUCUGCUUGAAGAUAUUUGGAAGGCGGAUGAUGAGGAAUCCUUACAAUAUGCAGGUUUCUCAGAUGAUGGCAGUGAAAUGAAAGUUGCAGUUAAUGAAAGCCCUUCGGAAGUCAUCGCAGGGACAGAAAAUAACGAUUAUGUACCUGACUUUUCAAAACUUGAGGAUGAGAUACAUCAAGUUCUCCAAGGGCUGCAAAAGUCACAGGCUUUGGAAUACAGCAUGGCAGAAGAAAUACUCCAAGGGAAGAAGGGUUAUCUCCGAAACUUGUAUCAGCAACUGGACAGGGAGAAGUCUGAAUGGGCGUGUCAAGACUUAUCUCAUUCUAAUGUCUUGCUUGAUGCUGUCAACAAGAGGAUGGAACAGAUAAGACAGGAGAUUAUAAAAUUCGAAGACAUGAAAAAGGUAGCCAAGGGUUUUGGUAGGACAAGCAAAGAUGUUUUGAAGGCACACUUUGGCUUAGAAACUGCAGAAUAAAAUUGAUAAAUCUUUUAGUGACCGACUCCAUCAAAACCUACCGUUUUUCUUCCAAAUUUACCGAGUACACUGUCGAAAUAGGUAAUGUCUGGCUGCCCUUGUGGCAAAGCACAUAGAUGAGCAACAAGGAUCCCCGUUAAGUAUAUAUUUCAUGCCGUUCCUGAAGUAUUGUGCUUUACACAUUCUGAUGAUAGUGUUGCUGGACAUGAGAGGUUACCCGGUGCAGAAGUCUAUUGAAGGGGAGAUAGUGGUGAUGUGGCAGAAGAAAUGGCAAGGGAGAGAGAAAAUGUAUAAGGUGUGUGAGCCAUUGAGAUAUGAAGAGGGAGAAGGACGAAGCAUGUGGCGUGAAAAAAUUCUGUGGAUUCUUUGAGCUGUUUUUUCCUUGUUAUUCUGUUUUUUUUUUUUAAAUUACAGCAUACUUUUAAAACCAAAUAGAAAAGGCAACACAAGCUAGGUCGGAGCAUUAGGCUUUUUAGAUAUAUCAGCUUCUAGGUGGUUCCUAUAUCCAGACAGAGGAGUCCGAAAACCGUGUGUCACUCAUCUCUUUUUGCUAUUCUCUUCCGAGCUUCUUUGCUGAGUGUUCUGCUCGUUUUUGCUGUGACAUUGCGCUGAAGCGCCACACACUUGUAAUAAUCCGGCGCAAGCUUGGAUUGCAAAGUUUAUGGCAUUUUAGUGGCAAUAUCACAGCAAAAAGAACAGAAGAGAAGCACCCAAGAGAAUAGCUCAGAAAGGAAGAUUCCACAUAAUUCCUUCACGUAUCCCUCUUUUUAUAUCUCAGUGCAUUUUUACUUUCUA